AAAUCGCCUUUGAGAACUCGCGAGAUUGCGUUGGAACUUCGUUGUCCGCCAUAUUUAUCUAAAGUGAAACCCUUCCGUUCAAACAAUAAUUUUGAUUUUCUUACAUUUCAACCAACACAUAUCUGUUAUACUUUGACAUUGGUAAAUAGAUCGGCUAGUCAAAUGGCACCGCAAGCUAAUGCUUUAGCUAUUUGGGGAAAUGAGAAGACGAUGAAUAUGAAUAAUAUGGUCCUGACAAAUAUUCAGGGUUCGCCUUAUUUUAAAGUGAACUGCUUUGAGCUGAAAACAUACCAUGAAGUUAUUGAUGAGAUUUAUUAUAAGGUAGCACAUUUGGAGCCAUGGGAAAAGGGAAGUCGAAAAGUCGCUGGUCAAACUGGUAUGUGCGGAGGAGUGAGAGGUGUAGGAACAGGAGGAAUCGUUUCUAGCGCCUAUUGUCUGCUGUAUAAAUUGUAUACUCUUCGUUUAACAAAAAAACAAGUAGUAGGAUUAAUAAACCAUUCCGAUUCUCCCUAUAUCAGAGGUUUAGGUUUUAUGUAUAUAAGGUACACUCAGAGUCCAGCAGAUUUAUGGGAUUGGUUUAAAAACUAUUUGGAUGAUGAGGAGGAAAUUGACCCGAAGGCUGGCGGUGGUAGCCCAAUGACAAUGGGGCAAAUGGUGAGACAAAUGAUGUUGAAAUUGGAUUGGUUUAGUACCCUUUUUCCGCGUAUUCCAGUGAAAAUUCAGAAAGAAAUGGAAGAUAAGAUGCGUAUAUAUGAUGUAGAAACUAGAGAACAGAAACGAGCCGAAGAGGAGGCAGUUGAGCAAGCUAGGAGAGAAGAGAGACAAUUGAAAGAAGUUAUGCAAGCCGCCAAUAAUCCUCAAUUGAUGGCUACACAAGAUCUAAAUAGAGAUGAUAGGCGAUACUCAGAUGAGAAAGAAGAGGAGCCAAGUCGUCGUAAACACAAAAAGCACAAACGUUCUAGAUCACGGUCGAGAGACAGACAUCACAAACGGUAUCGUUCAAGAUCCAGAUCUAGAUCGAGAGAUCGCAGACGACGCAGAUCACCAGAAGAUCACGACAGACGUCGUGGGGAUGACUAUGAAAGACGUCACAAACAUCACAAACACCGCCAUCACCGUGAUCAUGAAGAUGACGGUUAUUAUCGGUAG